AUGCUCGCCCGCAUCUGUCUGCUUGUCGCCAGCGUGGCGGCAGUGGCUCGCGCCUCGGACGUUAUCUUUGGCUACCUUCCGACCUGGCAGCUCGACAAGGCCGCAGCCAUCGACCAGAGCAAAUACACGCACCUAAGCCUGGCAUUUGCAAUUCCUGACGAGUCCGGCAGCAUCUCGAUGGAAAACCAAGAUGACAUCUUGACAAACUACACAAGCACGGAUCGACUAAAAUCCUACAUGGUGCGGUGGAUCAAGGACUAUAACUUUGACGGCUGGGAUAUUGACUUUGAGUACCCCGGCCGCCAGGGCGACUCGUGCCAUGCAUUUGACCCUCGGCUCAGCGACGAGUUCCCCGACAGGCCCCUAGACGACGUGUCUGCAUUUGCCGCGUCCAUUGACUUUAUCAACAUCAUGCUGUAUGACUUUAAUGGCGUAUGGUCGGACACCACGGGGCCCAAUGCACCGCUGGACUUUGCGCCAGGCAAGGGUCUGCAGGUCUCUUACCGCUCUUCCAUCCAGGCAUGGAUCGACGCUGGUAUUCCGCCGGCCAAAAUAAACGCCGGGCUCCCCUUCUACGGCCGCACAACGACCGCCAAAAUUGACAUUUCAAAGGAAAAGGACAUGUACCAACCGCUCAACAAGCAGAUCCCAAAAGGCGAUGGCGAAGACUUGGAGGAAGCAGACUCGUCGUGUGGCGGUCCAAAGGCAUUCUCGGGUGUCUGGAAGUACCGCAACCUGCGCUCCGAGGGCGUUCUGGAUUCUGUUGACUCGGCCGUGUCGCCGUGGGUCAGGCACUUUGACCCGGAGACUAUCACCCCCUGGCUGUUCAACAGAGAGACAAUGGACUUUAUCUCUUACGACGACACACUUAGUAUAUCUGCCAAAACACAACACGCUAUGGACAAGGGCCUGGCUGGAGUCAUGGUGUGGCCUGCCACAAAUGACUAUGACAAUGAGCUGUUGUCUGCCAUUUACGACACAUUACAUCAAGAAUAG